AUGCUUCACCCUGUAAUUCCCUCUGAAUUCUGGAUGAUUGCAGCAACUCACUCAUUGUCUCUCCCAUAAUGGCGUCAUUGUCCUGAAUCUCGGAAAUUCGCUUGCAGGAAAAAGCAAUCCUGAACCCCCAAACCCUUCCGUCAGCGUGGGUGGCCUUUACAUAUGGAGGGACUCUCGCGCACCGUCAGUGCAGAAUCCCAGACAUCAUGGACGAAUGCGCACCUACUGGCGUCAGGGACAACGUCCCCAGCUUCGAGCCGAAAGGCGAGAUCGUCCGAGGCAGAGACAAGCGGUUCCAACGCUGAGCGCGCCUCAGUGUCAAUGCCUCCACCCUCGUCCAAAUCGAUAGCGAAACAGUUCCCAUCGCGGCCGGCCUCGAAGGCCUCCGACAACAGCGUCUUCGAGCAUGCAGGUCCUUCCAAGAGUGGGUGGGCCAUCGACGAGUCCAACACGACACCCACCCUCGAGGGCGGACGCCAUGCAAGUCUCGCGUCGACGCAGACGCUAAUGUUGCCCGAAGCCUACCGUCCACCUAGGUCUGAGGGCGAGCCGGAGUCGAAUCGCAUGUCUUUCUCGUCGCUCUAUUCAUUGGGCUCUGCCAUUUACAACACCACCCGCGGAAUUAGCGGGCCGAGCUCAGUGACGGGAUCAGAACCGGAAGGCGUGAGGGUGGAAGGUAUGAGGAUGGAAGGCCCGUCACAGGGGACCACGACUGCCACUUCCUCGCUCUCUAUCACCACGUCUAGCCAGAAUGGCAGCCUCGGCCCCAAGCUCUCGCCCACCCAAUUGCUCUUUCCCAAAGACCAAUCGACCCACGCUGGACUGCCCACCACCCCGCACAGUGGCCCUACCUACCUCUCUACCUCUCCCCAGCUCAGUCAACUGCCCACCUCCAGCCCAAACCACAGCGCUCGGCGCUCCCGAAGCCGCACAACCGCCCAGCGCCGCAUCAGCGGAAGCACGGGGGCAAGCAGCAGUCCUGGGAGCAGAGACAUGAAAGAGCCCAAGAAGCCAUCACGUGGCAUUAUCGGGGUGUGUGCGCUCGAGUCCAAGGCGCGAAGUAAGCCUGCGCGCAACAUCUUUGGAAAGCUCGUCGAAGAGUUCGAGGUCAAGAUCUUUGGAGACAAGAUCAUCUUGGACGAAGACGUAGAGAAUUGGCCCGUCUGUGACUUCCUGAUUUCGUUCUUCUCCGAUGGUUUCCCCUUAGACAAGGCCAUCUCAUAUACUCGCCUGCGCAAACCCUUCUGUGUCAAUGACCUGCCCAUGCAGCAGGUGCUGUGGGACCGCCGUCUUUGUCUGCGCAUCCUUGACAAGCUGAGUGUUCCGACUCCCAGACGAGUCGAGGUGAAUCGCGACGGGGGCCCGAAACUGCAGUCUGCUGAGUUUGCUAAAGCUCUGUUUGACCGAACCGGAGUCAGUCUGCCUGGCCCCAGUGAUGGCACCGGCGGCGGCUUUCCGCUGCCCAAGAAGGUCGAGCUCCUCGAUGACGGUAACACAAUCCGUGUUGAUGGAGUGUCCCUCACGAAGCCUUUUGUUGAGAAGCCGGUGAGUGGAGAAGAUCACAACAUCAGUAUAUACUACCACAAGAAGGAAGGUGGCGGAGGCCGAAGGUUGUUCCGCAAAGUGAACAACAAGAGCUCGGAAAAGGAUGACAAGCUAGAUGUGCCAAGAUCUAUCACCGACCCCACAAGCAGCUUCAUCUACGAGCAAUUCCUGCACGUCGAGAAUUCUGAAGAUGUCAAGGCAUACACCGUUGGUCCCAAUUUCUGCCACGCAGAGACCAGAAAAUCACCAGUCGUUGACGGUCUCGUCAAACGCAAUCCGAGUGGCAAGGAAGUUCGAUAUGUCACUAAACUUAGCGAGAGCGAGGCUGCUAUGGCUUCCAAGAUCUCAGAAGGGUUCGGCCAACGAGUGUGCGGUUUCGAUCUUCUUCGUUGCGGCGACCGAAGUUACGUCAUCGAUGUGAAUGGGUGGAGCUUCGUCAAGGACAACGGGGAUUACUACGACAAGGCAGCGAAUAUCUUGAAGGAAAUGUUCAUCAAGGAGAUCCAGCGUAAGGAAAGAAAGAAAGUCCAAUCCGCACCUGUUGACGCCCAAGAAGGACCAGAUAAAUCAACCGUCUCAAGAAAGAAUACGACCAGCCAUCGCCAAACACUAAAGGGUAUUUUCAAAUCUCCUAGUAUGUCAAAACUAGCGGGACACCAUCCCCAUAUCCCACAUCUCCGUUCGGGGCAUCAUUCAGGUAACAUACCAUCGUCUCCAGAUGCAUCGCUAAGUACCACUCCCAUCACAGCUUCACCUACCUUCGAGAAGCCAUGUGCGCCAGCGAUGUCGAAUAGUCUCAGAUCAGAAUCAGAUCUACUCCUUCCACUUACCGUUCGUGACAAGGAACUCGCUUUAGACAUCCAGGGGUCUCAUUCUGAUGACCACAUCAACGUACCCCCACCUGCCUCGAAGGCGCAGUGGAAGUUGAAAGGGGUGGUUUCCGUCAUCCGGCACGCCGAUCGUACACCGAAGCAAAAGUUCAAAUACACAUUCCACACGAAGCCUUUCGUGGAUCUGCUGAUGGGACAUCAAGAAGAGGUUUUACUCAUAGGCGAAGCUGCUUUACAGAGUGUGAGUGACGCAGUCAAGCUUGCCAUGGAGGAAGGAGUUGAAGAUCCCAAGAAGCUACGAGAGUUGAAGAUAUAUCUUAACAAAAAAGGGGCAUGGCCAGGAACCAAAGUGCAGAUCAAGCCCAUGUUUCGAAAGAGGAGAAAAGAGGAACUUCUCCCGGGUGACCCUCACAUCGAAGCCUCACCGGAGAGGCUCAAAACUGGGUCUUCAUUCGCCGAGCCUAUCGAAACAAGUGGCGAUUGGGCUCAAAAACGAAGUGACUCGAUGUCCGGCGUUACAUUGUCGCGUAUAUCUGCGGCGGAGAACAACCUCAUUCUCGAUAAGUUGCAACUGAUUAUCAAAUGGGGAGGCGAGCCAACUCACUCUGCACGCUAUCAGGCGCAGGAUAUGGGCGCGAACUUCAGGAAUGACCUGCUGCUGAUGAAUAGAGAUGUCCUUGAUGAUGUUACUAUUUUCAGUAGCUCCGAGAGGCGCGUUACUACAAGUGCUCAGAUCUUUGCCGCGUCAUUCCUGGAAAAGGACCAAUAUCCGGCAGAGAACAUUCAAGUCCGGAAGGAUCUUCUGGACGAUUCCAACGCUGCCAAGGAUGAGAUGGACAAGGUGAAGAAAAAGCUCAAGACUCUACUGCGCGAAGGCGAUAAAGCUCCUCCUCAGUUCGCUUGGCCGAAGGAUGUCCCGGAACCCUACAUUGUGGUCAGGCAGGUAGUGGAGCUGAUGAAAUUUCACCAGAGACUCAUGAAUCACAACUUCAAGAAGAUUGAGUCUGGGGCAGUGUCAUCCCUCAGUGCAAUUGCUAGUCCUGCUGGAGACGCCUCCUCUUCAGGACACAUCAGUCACGCAUUAUCUAAAGCUACUACCGUAAACCAGAUUCAAUCUCGAUGGUGUUGUAAUGAGGGUCCGGAGCUUUUCAAAGAACGUUGGGAGAAGCUGUUUAAAGAAUUUGGAGAUGCUGACAAGGUUGACCCGAGUAAAAUCUCUGAGUUAUACGAUACAAUGAAGUUCGACGCUCUGCAUAAUCGCCAGUUCCUCGAAUGGGUCUUCACUCCAGAUGCAAGCUUCCUCGACGAAAACCCUACAGCCGAAGGAUCCAGAUCAAGGCAAUCGUGGACGGAUAUACAAGGGAAACCACCACCAGUCCAAACAGAAAUACAUCCGAAGGCGGACCAAAAGGAGAAUCAGGCUGUCGAAAAGCCACCAGAGCGUGCAAAUAUUGCGCACCGAAUGGGUUUUAGACGCAAAUCUGAGAUCACUAUGAAACCCGCACCAUCACCUCUCUACCCGCACGAGUCGUACUUCAAGCUGUACACGGGCCUGAGCAAUGCUGCAUCGAAGGGACAAGUAGAUGCUCGGCUCGUCAAGCUCCGCGAAAUGUAUCACCUCUGCAAAGUUCUUUUCGACUAUAUCGGUCCGCAAGAGUACGGUAUCAAGUCUAGCGAAAAGCUUGAGAUUGGCCUCUUAACAUCUCUCCCUCUGUUGAAAGAGAUUGUUGAGGACCUGGAAGAGCUACAAGCCUCCGACGCACCCAAAUGUUUCUUCUACUUCACCAAAGAGUCACAUAUCUACACUCUCCUGAACUGCAUCCUUGAAGGCGGCAUUAAAACGAAGAUCGAACGCAACGCUAUCCCUGAACUCGACUACCUCUCUCAAAUCGGAUUCGAGUUGUACGAGUCAGAAAAUUCUACGUCGGAUGACGAGCCCAAUUCCUUCAAUUAUAGCAUUCGCAUCACGUUAUCGCCUGGUUGUCACGUUUUUGCACCACUUGAUGUACAACUAGACUCAAGACACAUGAUCGGCUUCUCCCCGCGCCGUAGCCUCACUGCCCACCACGACUGGAAAGAAGUGCUAGAAACUUUGCGCGCAAAAUUUCACACCGUUAAAUUGCCCAAAUCCUUCGUUGCUAUUAAUCUCUCUGAGAAGGUGCCAGAUGCCUUUCAAGAGCGGGAGAAGAGCGAGAAAGGGGAGGAGAAAGAAGGUGAAGGGGUGAGGGAUAAAGAUGUCGCUGAGUAUAGUUUGCUGUCACCGGAUUUGGAAGGUUAGGUGGUCUGCAUUACAUACACGGAUGAAAGGAAGGAAUGGUGGGUGGCAUUCUGCGAGGUUUUUCUCUAUAUUGGUUUAGAGGUUAGCAUGGUGGACUUAGAUCCUAUAUUAGAGAUAGAACGGGUGGCUUUGAAGUGCUAGCCAGUUAAAAAUCGG